AUGGAUUUGUUAGCAUCAUUGACAGAGAACAAAGCAGUUGUGAUGUUCAGCAAAAGCACUUGUAUCAUGACUCACACAGUGCAAGCACUUAUGAGAAAUUUUGGAGCCGAGCCUAUAAUUAUUGAGAUUGAUAAAAUGGCAAAUGGAUAUCAAAUAGAGAGAGCACUGAUUCAGCUUGGUUGUAGACCAAGUGUACCUGCAGUAUUCAUAGGACAACAAUUCAUAGGUGGUACUGAUGAAGUUAUAAGUCUCAAUGUUCAAAACAAGCUUGCUCCAUUGCUUUUAAAGGCUAGAGCUAUAUAUCUUUGGUAG